AUGACGAAAAUUGCUAAUUUGUUAGUUUGGUUAGCUGCCGCAGCCAAUGAGGCGCAGGGUUUUAAUAUACCUAAGAAUUCUGUUCAUAGAGGAGAUGUCAACCCCGUGAAACAACAGCAUUCUAAGAGAGGUUAUGUUGGUUUGGAGUUCACCAAAUCGUAUGGUGAUACAUUUGAAGGUUCUAAUUCAGAGAAUACACCCGAACUAUAUUUGCACAAGAGAAGUGAUGGUUCUGAAUCGAUAGAGAUCACUAAUCAAGGUACUUUUUAUUCUGUCAGUCUGGAGAUUGGUACACCUGAACAGAACAUUACUGUUCUUGUUGAUACCGGUUCUUCUGAUCUGUGGGUAUCCAACUCCAACAAUCCAUAUUGUCAAAGUAACUACCAGUCCACCAGUGGGAUCACUUAUGCUGAUACCAUCGAUUGCACCGACUACGGUACUUUUGACCCUGAUUCCUCAAGUAGUUGGUCAUCUAAUAGUACUUCAUUCAGUAUUAAGUAUGGUGAUUCGACUUUUGCUAGUGGUGUAUGGGGUCAAGAUAGAUUACAUUUAGAGGAUCUGAACGUUACUGGACUAUCCUUUGCUGUGGCCAACAGAUCAAAUUCAACAGUUGGUGUUCUAGGUAUUGGUCUACCGGGACUUGAAGUCACAUAUACUGGUUCUGCCUCCAAAGCAUACCAAUACGAUAAUUUCCCUAUGGUGUUGAAGAGAAGUGGUGCCAUUGAAUCAAAUGUCUAUUCGUUGUAUUUGAAUGAACUAGAUGCUACUCAUGGUACUGUAUUGUUUGGUGCUGUGGACCAUUCCAAAUAUGAGGCUCCAUUGUAUACCAUCCCGUUAAUUAACACAUUGAGAGCGAACGGAUUUGGAUCAGCGGUGCAAUUCGAUGUCACAUUACAAGGUCUAGGUAUGACUUUCGAAAAUGGUACUGCUGAUAAGACUUUGACCACUACUGCUAUUCCUGCAUUGUUAGACUCAGGGACUACAUUGACAUAUUUGCCUGGUUCAUUAGUUACAAUUAUUGCAAACCAAGUUGGUGCCACAUACUCCUCUAGAUUAGGUUAUUAUACUGUGGCCUGUCCAAGUAGUAUGUCAUCAUCGUCAUCGUCAUCCUCUUCUUCUACUUUAGAUGGAAUAAACUUAAUUUUUGAUUUCGGUGGAUUCCAUAUUAAUGCUACAUUGGAAGACUUCUUAAUACAACCAUCUGCCAAUAUAUGCCUGUUGGGUAUUGUUCCACAGACUGCUCAUAGUGCGUUACUUGGUGAUUCUUUCCUAAGUCAUGCUUAUGUCGUAUACGAUCUGGAAAACAAAGAAAUCUCUAUGGCUCAAGCCAAAUAUGACGUUGACUCUUCUGAUAUCGAAGUUGUCUCUUCUGGUGCAUCAUCCAUUCCUAGUGCCAUUAAAGCUCCUGGUUAUUCCCAAACAUGGUCAUCAAGUGUUGCAUCUAUCGGCACUACUGGUAAUAUUUUCACCCUUGUAACACAAUCUACGGUUGACAACUCAGGUACUGAAACUACAUCAGCUACUUCAAACGCUGGCAGUAGCAGCAGUUAUUCCACCACUGGAACAUCAUCUUCCUCCAAGACAACCUCUAAGAAAUCAUCUUCAUCAGGUACAUCCACCAGGACAACAACUACAGGGUCGACCAAUCGUAAAAACGGUGCAUUCAAAGUUACUACUUUCCACCCAAUGAGCGUAUUAUCGCUAAUUGCAUUCUAUUUAAUGAUGAUGGUGUAG